AUCUAGUUAUUACAUUGUGAAAUUCGCAAAACCAACAAUCAUGCUAGAACUUUCAUGGUUUCUUCCCAUCUUGCUAAUUCCUUCCUUCACCUUCAUAUUCCUUAUCUUCUUCAAUACUAGCAAGUCGUCGUCGUCUAAAUUGCCAAAAUCGUACCCGAUAAUCGGCUCAUCAUUCACUCUUCUUGCGAAUUUCUACCGGCAUAAUCAGUGGGCAGCAGAGGUUCUUAGUGCCUGCCCUACUAACACCUAUGUCAUUACUCUCCUCGGUGCUCGUGUUGUAAUAACUGCAAAUCCUGAAAAUGUCCAGCACAUUCUCAAGGAUCAUUUCUCUAAUUACCCGAAAGGUGAAAUCCUCAGAAACAUCCUCAGUGAUUUCCUAGGCAAUGGAAUAUUCAAUACUGAUGGUGCUAACUGGAAGUUCCAAAGACAAAUAUCAAGUCAUGAAUUCAACACCAAGUCGCUUCGUAAGUUCAUUGAAGAUGUCGUCAAGAUGGAGCUUAACGACCGAUUAGUUCCUGUUCUCUCGACGACAGCUGAAAGGAACACUGAGAUUGACCUGCAAGAUAUUCUCCAAAGGUUUGCUUUCGAUAAUAUUUGCAAGAUUUCGUUUGGGUAUGAUCCGAGUUACCUUUCCUUGUCACUUGAAAAAAGUACAGAAUUUGCAGUUGCAUUCGAAGAUGCUACCAGGAUAAGCAGUGAACGUAUCGGGCAUAUGAUCCAUUUAGUUUGGAGGGUUAAACGAUUUCUCAACAUAGGAUCAGAAAAGAGACUAAGACAAGCAACGGCAACAAUCCGAGAAUCCGCAAGAAAAAUUGUCAGGCAAAAGAAACAAGAACUGAAAGACAAGUCUUCUUCCGUACUAGAUGGCAUAGAGGCUGCGGAUCUUCUGUCAAGGUUUGUUAAAGACGAUAAUUUGGACGAAGAUUUUGUGAUUGAUAUUGUUAUAAGUUUCAUUUUAGCAGGUCAGGAUACUACUUCAGCAGCUUUGACAUGGUUUUUCUGGUUAGUUUCUUGCAAUCCUAGAGUAGAAAAAGAAAUACUAAAAGAAAUAAACCAAACAGCACAAGGUGAAGCUGGUUACGACGAUGUUAAGGACAUGGUUUAUAUUCAUGCAUCACUUUGUGAGAGCAUGAGGUUGUAUCCGCCAGUCCCAAUUGACAGUAAAGAAGCAGCAAACGACGACAUUUUACCUGACGGGACCGUUGUAAAGAAAGGGAUGAGAGUCUCAUAUUCUUCUUAUGCAAUGGGCAGGUUGGAAAAUCUGUGGGGUUCAGAUUACAAUGAGUUCAAGCCAGAGAGAUGGUUAGAGAAAGAUUAUAUUACUGGAAAUUUAAGCUUCGUCUCCAAGGAUUCUUAUAUGUAUCCGGUCUUUCAAGCAGGUCCGAGGAUUUGUUUGGGUAAAGAGAUGGCGUUCUUGCAAAUGAAGAUGGUAGUAGUAGAAGUUUUACGCCGAUUUCAAGUAGUUCCAGCUAUGAACGAUUUUGAACCAGUUUUUAUUUCGUAUCUGACUUCCAAAAUGAAAGGUGGCUUCCCAGUUAAGAUCCAAAAGAGAACUACAGAUUUCUCUCAUUUCGGUUGAUUUUCAUUAGCACUUUGUAUAAAUCUCAUAGAUAUUUUGCUGUUGAAUAUUUAUAUAGUUGAGAAUUACAAAACAA